AUGAAAGAAAAGGAGAAAAGUGAUGAAGAAAUGGUUAUUACUCUCGGCAGUACUACUGUAGACUGUCCUUAUUCGAAAAAUUGCGAUCAUACGUGUCCUGUAUCUGAUAUCUUCACGCAUUUAGCUCGUUGUCGCCGUUCUUACUACAAAAGUCUUGGUCUUGAAAUGGAGUUAGAAAGGUGCAAAUACGAUGGUUGCCACUACGUUCCCAAACCAGAGAUGAUAUGGCACGAGUUAACUUGCCAUGGCCAGCCACUGUAUAACUAUUCCAAGAAAACAAUGCAGAGCGCACCAGUAUCCAUUCAUUCUCCAAUGAAUUUCUGUUAA